GCUACCUAAGUAACUACAUAUAAUCGCGUUAUCGCACUCGGAAAAGUGGCCCGAGCUUCUAGCUGUCUGUAGUAUGAGGCCCUUGUCUUUCGCAACUCACCCAGGGCUUGCCAGCUGCUCGAUGUGAUGAUCGCAACCCACCUUACCAACCUAUCAGUCCACCGACCUUGCACCUCUUCGACGCCAACGCCGGGUCUCCUCAAUCGACCCCUACGCCGAACGAUGAUUUCCCGACUGACUGUCCGGAGGUCGCUGCAGCUCUCCCAGCGAGUCGGCGCAGCGCAGCGCAGUUUCGCAGCCUCUGUCCGGCUCCACGACACCACCAAGCCCAUCGCAGCCAAGGCCGAGACGACGCCCGAAACCAAGAGCGAAGAGGAUUCGUUGGGGUUGGUAGAGAAUGAAGAGAGGGGCUUGAAGCAGGCACCGAACCGGAAAGAGAUCUGGUCGCGGAGUCAGAAGCCGAGGGCAGCCGCCAUGUCUGGCCCGAGAUUCGAACAGACCGAUUUCGACCUCCAACCUCAAUCGAGAGCUGCUAUCGAGCUCAUUCACAGGCAACCCGUCCGAUGGACCCACGACAGGGUGGUGGCAUGCGACGGUGGAGGUGGCCCGGCGGGGCACCCGAGAAUCUUCAUCAAUACGGAUAAGCCGGAGAUAGCUACGUGCAACUAUUGUGGUCUACCGUUUGCUAACGAGCAUCACCGAGAACAUCUGGAGUCGUUGCCCCAGACCUCCUAUCCCCUGGCGUGAGGGUGAGGAGGACGCUUUACGAAGAGAGACGAUGGCGGCGAACAGGCUAGGAAUUGGCAUACGCGUAGGGACGUAUGCCGAUUCUCAUGCUCGCCGAGGAACCACAAACGUGGCCGUAUAUAUACCUACCUACGUACCAUUCAAUUCCUGUAGUUCAGGUACUCACCUACCUUUAAAAAUCGCCUGGGUCUGGCCUCGUGGAGACGCAGUAUAUCCGCCGACUCCUGUAUUCUUCAUCUACCAAGCCAAUUUGUCUACCAGAUCUCAACGCAGUCAAAUGUGCCCUGCCAAUGGCAGGUAAUUGCAAUACUUGCUAUUGGCUCUCCAUCCAACUCACCCUAAGCAAGACAGGCUAGGGGGUAAGUACCCGCGUGCUGCUGUAAGGUCGUUAUCCCGCAGGACGAACUACUCGCAUCCACACCUGAGGUACCUACUAGAAACGCACCUUUACUCCAACCCGAGCCGAGAUUAGUGCUACCUACCUACCUACCUACCUAGGUAUCUACGAGGGACCCGCCAAAUAGAACGCCCCUCCACAGUUAGGUAGAGC